AUGAAAUUGUGCUUCUAUUUUGUUUUUGCCCUGUGUUUACUUGCUCAUGUAUUCAUAGUAGUCUCAGCUAACCCUUUGAUGCUACCAACUUUAAAAGCUACCAAAUUACACAAGACUAAACCACGGAAAAUCCCAAAAGUCAUAUCUCCUGCAGAUAUCUUGUCCACCACUUACUAUAUUAAGUCUUGUCCAAACCUUGAGGGCAUCAUCCAGCAAAAGGUGAAUGAUUGGAUCAAGAAGGAUUACACGAUUGCAGCAAGCAUCAUCCGCUUACAUUUCCACGACUGUGCUAUUCGGGGAUGUGAUGCUUCAAUCUUGCUGAACCAUGCAGGGAGUGAAAGAGCAGCCCAGGCAAGCAAGACACUAAGAGGAUUCGAAUUAAUCAACGAGAUCAAAGCCGAAGUUGAGAGGAGGUGCCCAAGAACCGUCUCCUGUGCAGACAUUCUCACAGCAGCAGCAAGAGAUGCAACAGUCAUUGCAGGAGGUCCUUUCUGGGAAGUGCCAUUUGGUCGAAAAGAUGGUCGAAUUUCGCUGGCAAAAGAGGCAAACAUGGUUCCGAAUGGGCAUGAAAAUGUUACCACCCUAAUUGAUUUCUUCCAAAAAAGAGGCCUAAAUAUUGUUGAUUUAGUCACUCUUUCGGGAUCACACACUAUUGGAAGAAGCACCUGCUUUUCGAUCCAGCAAAGGCUCGAUAACUUCAGAGGAACUGGGAAGCCUGAUUCCUCAAUGGAUGUUGGAUAUCUGAAUUUCUUGAAGAAACAAUGUAGUCGUGACACGAACUUUGUCAAUCUUGAUGCGACAACUCCAAGAACUUUUGAUGAAGUUUACUACAAAAAUGUGCAAACAAAGAAGGGAUUAUUACAAACUGAUCAGCUACUUUACUCGGAUGCAAGAACUGCACCUCUUGUGGCGGCAUUGGCAUCUCAACCGCAACUCUUCAUUAGCCAAUUUGCAGUCUCCAUGGUGAAUCUUGGGAAUGUCCAAGUUCUUACGGGUACUAAGAAUGGUGAAAUAAGGCAUAAUUGCAACUAUGUCAAUCCUUGA